UCUCGACAUGGCGCCACUUCCCUUCUACCUGUUUUUGCUUCUAUUGCCUCUUGCGCACGCAGCAGACUCGUGGCGCGCACUCUCGUUCAACAGCAGCUACCUUCUCGUGCGACAAUCGUCGUCCUCGGGGCUACCGGAAUGCCUCGCGAGAGACGGCUGCGUCACAGCGAGCCAAAUCGCCGAUCUCUUGCCGCUGCUCGAGCGCAGCAACACGAACGUGACAACAACGACCACCGCGUGCACCACCGUUGACGAACCGUUCGAUUGGUGUCAACGCGCAGCGUCCGCGCUCUACAGCUGCCCAGCCCUGGCGGAGAGUCCCAUCACGUGGAGCUGCACCUUGCAGAAUGCAACGUGGUCGCCCAGCCACAUGGCGUGUGGCAGCCGCGUCGUUCAAGGGGCGGUGUUCAACUCGAUCGCAGACUGCAACGCAGCACUCCGUUUGCUCUUCUUGCCUGCGACUGCCGCCGACGUGGCGUGUGACAUGGGCGCCAUUACGCCUCGUGGUGCUGCGUGUUUGCUUCUGAACGACAGCGUUGGGCCGGCGACGCAAACUCGUCAUGAUGACGACGAUACCUCCCCCGCAGACCGACUCUUGCUCGUUGCUGUGGUGGUGGCGCUGGCUGUUGUCGCCGGCGCUAUCGGCUGUGUGUGGCGAUCGCGAAAGGUGGCGCGAGCUCAGCACCGCCAACGACACUUGGCCGACACCGUAUGCUCGAGUUGCGAGAUCGACGACAAUGUGUCGAGCGUCUUUGUCCGUCAGUUGUAGUCGUCCUAGCAUUGCUAUCAUCCUAUAUUAUUCGUAUUCUACUGUUGAUUUUCGG